GCUACGAAGCAGAAAGUGAAAACAUUAGCACGUGAGAUCUAUGAUGAUCACUUUAAGGUGGCUCAGGCUACACCCAGAGGUGUGGUGGCCAAACUUUGCAGUAUUGUACAUCUUCUGGAUGUGGCAUGUAAGAAACAAUCAGAUGGAACGGUGCUUGACUCUGAAGGAGAUUGGAAACAAGAUAUGUCAACAGCAUUUGGAGACCUGAAACAGCUCCUGGGAGAUGAUCAUACUAUAUCAGCAUUUGAACUUCACAGCAGUGGCCUGGUUCAGGCUGUCUAUAACUGCCUUAACAAUAAUCUCAACCAAAGCAGUCAUGAUAUCAACAGUAGAAAACAGACCUUACGUAGGAUCAAUAUAUUCAAGAGUGCCUUCCGGGAAUCCGAAGAUGGGUGCAUCUCACCAGCUGUAGCCCUUGUGCGUAAAUUGGUAGCAGUAUUGGAGUCCAUAGAGAAGCUGCCCGUAUACAAUUAUGACUCCCCAAGUGCUGGCUAUGGCCUCCAGAUCCUCACACGCAGACUCAGACUGAGGCUAGAACGUGCCCCGGGAGAGACUGGACUCAUUGACCGUACUGGGCGCAACAUGAAAGCUGAGCCAUUAACCAGUGUGUCCCAGCUAGAGAAAUAUCUAUUAAAAAUGGUUGCCAAGCAAUGGUACGACUAUGAAAGAAGUACAUACAACUUUGUGAAGAAGUUGAAGGAACCCAAUGCAACAUUUACAUUCACCCACCAGAGGGACUUUGAUAACAAUGGAAUUAUCUACUGGGCAGGCACAAAUGGGAAGACUGUGUCAGAAUGGGUGAAUCCUGCCCAGUAUGGACUCAUUGUGGUCACCUCAUCUGAAGGAAGAAUCCUUCCAUAUGGAAAACUAGAGGACAUUGUCAGUAGAGACGCAUCAGCUUUGAAUUGUCACACCAACGAUGACAAGAAAGCUUGGUUUGCUAUAGACCUUGGUAUGUGGGUAUUGCCCACUUGCUAUACACUACGUCAUGCAAGAGGAUACGGGAGAUCAGCCCUGAGAAACUGGCACUUUCAGGUGUCUAAAGAUGGCCAUAACUGGACAACUCUCUAUGCUCAUCAUGAAGACAGCUCCCUUAAUGAACCAGGAUCGACAGCAUCUUGGCCUCUAGAGUUUCCCAAGGAUGAGACAAAAGGUUGGCGACACAUCCGUCUUGCCCAGACAGGAAAAAAUGCCAGUGGACAGACACACUAUCUAUCUGUGUCAGGGUUUGAGAUCUACGGAACCAUCACUGGAGUCUGUGAUGACAUAGGUAAAGCUGCCAAGGAAGCUGAAGCAACAUUACGUCGUCAGCGUAGAUUGAUGCGUACCCAGGUGUUGAAGCAGAUGGUCCCUGGGGCACGUGUAGUGAGGGGCAUGGACUGGAAGUGGAGGGAGCAGGAUGGAAGUCCAACUGGAGAGGGAACUGUCACAGGAGAGUUACAUAAUGGCUGGAUAGAUGUCACAUGGGACUCUGGUGGUUCCAACUCAUAUCGCAUGGGAGCAGAGGGAAAGUACGACCUACAACUGGCCCCAUCUCACGACCCUGACAAGGUCAAACUUAAUGUGGCUGCUAAAGUAGAAACUAGCUCCUCAGCCAAGAAACCAGAGGCUGAAGGCUUAAAACCAAAAGUGAGUGUGCUGACCAGCCGUAAAAGUAGUUCUACACCAAGUCUUAGUGAGGCUGUUGAGCCAGAGAGUACAGUAGCUGCCACUGAGCAAGCUGCAUCUGCAGACAACCUGACUGCUAUUGUCAAAUCUACUGCUGAAAGUAUCGCUGAGAGUGUUAGCAACCUGACAACAUCAGACUCUGUGGUCAUGGUAACUGUGGAUCCAGCAGAAGAGCCUAGCAACCAGCAGGCUGAAUCGAGUAUGGACCCAUCAUCCCUAGUUACAGCUACUGAGGUGCUGAACCUGGAGGGAAACCCUAUGGUCUUACAGGGUGGUGGUACCCAGGGGGCUCAGCCUCAAGCAGGCAUGAUGGGUAAUGAAGAUGACUUCCUCGCCAUGGAUAUGAUGGCUUCAGGUGUAACAGGUUGUGACUUCCAGUGGCCUUCAAUGCCAGCAACAACAUUCAGACGUCUCAGUGCUCAGGAGUCGCAUCGUAAAUCUAAAGAAACACUUGGUAUGCAACCAGAACAGGGUGCCGAGGGCGGCAAUAAGAAAAACAGCAAGAAUGAAAAUAAAAAGAAUGAGAGCCAAACAAGGACGACUCCCAGCAACCCAAUGAGUGUCAGUGUGCCUAACCUCACCAGUAGCAUGGAACAUACAGUCAGCUUGUUGGAGUCGUUUGCUGCUGUUGCGCGGCACAAUCUCGGCAAUAAUAACGCCAAUAACAUGGCACGUAGUACAAACACAAGUAGUCUAGUCAGGUUGGCUCUUUCAUCCAGCUCCAAUGCAAAUAAUUUAUUAAGUGAAGCUCAAAGCUUCCCGAACCUUACUACGAGUAGCUCUGCCCUCCCAACGAGUACUCUGACAGCAGCAGUGACGUCAGGUCAUGUGACAUCUCUCAGUCGCGCACUCACCAUGUCGUUGACCUCCACAUCAUCAGAGAGUGAUAAUGACUUCCUGGAGAGUUGCCGAGCAACACUUCUCGCUGAAUUGGAAGAUGAUGAUGAUUUACCCGAUCCUGAUGAUGAUGAUGAGAAUGAAGAUGACAAUGACGAAGAUGAUGUUUAUGAGGACUCUUUGGAGGAAGAAGAGUACUACAUGAGAGGAUCUAGUCGCAGACGUACCUGGGAUGAUGAAUAUGUCCUCAAGCGUCAAUUCUCUGCACUUAUCCCUGCGUUUGACCCACGUCCUGGAAGAACUAACGUCAACCAGACUCAGGACUUUGAAGUACCUCCACCUGGUGCAGCAGAAGUAAGCAAGUCAGAAGAUGGUGAUGGAGUACAGCAACCUAAGCUGGCAAUAUACAUCAAAGGACCUGGAUUACCUGGGAUUCCCGACAGUGAGAUAUAUCUGGACAACCCCCAUGCAACAAUAUUCCGCUAUGUCCAACAGUUAAUGUGUGAUGGCCCUACACAGGGACGUGCUGAGAGACUGAAGCGCAUCUGGGAACCAACUUAUACGCUGCUGUACAAAGAAAAGAAAGAUGAUGAGAGACAGGAGAUGGAAAUUGAGGGUAAAUGGUCUGUUAGUUUUGUGGCUGGUAACCUGGGAACAGACCGACUCCCCAAACAGGAGCUCAUCUCCUACCUGCAGCAAAACGCAGACUCAACAUUUUUACGCCAAUGGAAACUAACGGGGGCUUACAAAAAUAUCAAAAAGAGUCGAAAUUGUUCUCAGCUGAUUCAUGCUUACAAGGACUUCGUCAGCAGUAAACAUAAUUUGUGUCAAACAGGUAUUGCUAGGCAACGGUUGCUAAGUGAGGCAGAUGCCUGGUCUACUGUGGAUCAUGAGUGUACAGUUGAAGAUGUUCUACAGUUGAUACAGCUGCUUUACGCUAUCUCCAUGGAUACUAGUAGCAGUAACACUUCAGACCCUGAGGCUCUACAGCUGAAUGUUCCAGCAGAUGAGUUCACCAGUAAGAAGAUCAACAAUAAGCUGUGUCAGCAGAUCCAGGACCCUAUAGUGCUUACCAGUCAUGCCCUACCAGAUUGGUGUGAAAGACUCACAAAAUGGUGUCCCAUGCUCUUCCCCUUUGACACCAGACAGUUGUACUUUGCUUGCACAGCAUUUGGGGCCUCAAGGGCUAUUGUUUGGCUACAAAAUAAGCGGGAUGCAGUGAUGGAUCGUAAUAGAGGACCUUCUCCACGACGUGACCAUGACAGCCAUGAGUAUCGUAUUGGUCGUUUGAAGCACGAGCGUGUGACAGUUCCACGUGGGGACGAGAUUCUAGACUGGGCUAUGCAACUCAUGAAAUAUCACGCAGACAGGAAAUCUAUUCUAGAGAUUGAGUUCAAGGGUGAGGAGGGGACUGGUCUGGGGCCAACACUUGAGUUCUAUGCACUCAUAGCAGCUGAGCUACAGAAGAAAUCCCUUGGCAUCUGGCUGUGUGAUGAUGAUGUAGUUGAUGACCUAGAAAGACAGAUUGAUAUAGGCCAUGGUGUCAAAGGACCGGGCUAUUAUGUGCAAAGAAGUUGUGGUCUGUUCCCUGCCCCAAUACCCCAAGAUUCAGAUGACAUAGAGCGCAUUGAAAGGCUUUAUUUCUUCUUAGGAAUAUUCCUAGCCAAAUGUAUACAAGACAGCCGCCUAGUUGACCUCCCAUUAUCCAGACCCUUCCUCAAGCUAAUGUGCAUGGGAGAGGUCGGUAGCAAUAUAUCCAUGCAGUAUAACGAACUUAUGAGACAGAACUCUGAGGGUUCCGUCAUUGACAUUAUGACAUCAUCAACCAGGAGUGAUGUCAUAGCUUAUGAGGAUGAGGAUAAAGAGUUGAUAUACGAUCCUCCCAAACCAAGCUCCUCUGCCCUACCUGCCUGGUUCAGCGGCAUGCUCACUGAUGCAGACUUUGAGGUGAUUAACCCCCACAGGGCUAAGUUCAUUGGACAACUGAGGGACCUUGGCAACAGGAAGAAGAGGAUCUUGGAGGAUGAGACUAUAGGUGAACAGGAGAGGAAUAGUCUACUACAGGACCUCGCUAUUGAAACACCAGGUGGUCAGAUAGCUCCAGUCAAACUAGAAGACCUCAGCCUGACGUUCCAAUACAAUCCUUCAUCUAAAGUAUAUAGAUUCACAGCAGUUGAUCUGAAACUCAAUGGGGAAGAUGAGGAGGUGACUGUUGAGAAUGUGGAAGAAUAUGUAGAGUUGAUGACAGAUUUUUGUCUCAAUGUAGGCAUUCGUAGACAGAUGGAGGCAUUUAAAGCUGGCUUUAAUCGUGUUUUCCCCAUGGAGAAACUACAUGCCUUCAGUCCAUCUGAGCUUCAGCAAAUUCUAUGUGGAGACCAGGCACCAUCUUGGUCCAGGGAGGACAUUCUCAACUACACUGAACCAAAGCUUGGCUAUACACGUGAAAGUGGUGGAUUCCAGAAGCUUAUAGAAGUGCUCACAACAAUGACAGGUGACGAACGCAAACUUUUCCUACAAUUUACCACAGGCUGCUCAUCUUUGCCACCAGGGGGCCUUGCAAAUCUAUACCCUCGUUUGACAAUCGUUCAUAAAUCUGGCGGGGACGGGAGUUACCCCUCAGUGAACACCUGUGUACAUUAUCUCAAACUGCCCGAUUACUCAAGUGUUGAUGUGAUGAGAGAGAGGAUUUUAGCAGCUACAUUACAGAAAGGUUUCCAUUUGAACUAAGCGCAAAGUUUACAGUGUAUGGAAUAUUCUACAGGAUUUUUAUUUAUAGAUGGCGAUUAUUAGUCUUUACAUAAGUGCCUCAUGGAGAGGUGAUAUAAUUCCAAUUUUCUUGUUUCCCAUUUUGUGAAAAUGAAUAUGAACCUGUACAUGUAUGAUUCAAAUAUAUUUGGCAAACAUUCUGUUAUUCAAUAUCAUAAGAGUGCAUGUUGAUGCAGUAUACAAUGAAGGGUUCAGCACAUAUAUGAAAAUGUUGUAUCAAGCACUAAACAUGAACACCCCACUUAUUUCAACUACUACGAUAUGAGAGAAAGAUAUACAUGAUAUAUAGAGUAAUGAAAUAACUUCUUUUGUUGGCCUAAUGAUAGCUCUACAUAUUAUUAAGUUCCUUUAUAUUGGAGUAAAGUCGGGAUGAGGUCAAUACAAUAGGGUCAUAAUUCAUUGUGGAUGUAAACAUACUAAUAAACAGUCUAAUUGGGUGGGAUCAUUGGUUAGAGAUCUGUGAUUUACUUGAUCUAAAUGUGAAAUUCUGCUUGAAUACCAGUACAUGUAUAUGUAAAUGUGAUAUAAUAAAAAUAUAUAUGGGAUUGACAAUGAAACGGCACAUUGUGUAUUUUUUAUUUGAUAUAUCUGAGUGGAGUUGUAUGCAAUAUUUAAGGAGUAAGGAUAGAGACUAUGAUUUAUUGUAUAAGAGUGAUAGAGGUCUUUUAUUUUGUAAUGGCCAGAAUUGCAAUUGCCGUAAACAAUAAAGUGAGGUUUUUGUUACAAUUCUAUUAUGAUAAAAGUGUGCCAUCAUAUAAGAUGUUUCAUUUACUGGUCUAUAAUGUGCUUGUCAUAGCCUAGCUACCCCAAUCUUGACCAAUAAAUCAAUUAUUCUUGUUAAUAGGCCUAUCAUGUUAGAAUAUUGUGCAACAAGAAAAACUGAUUGUAAAAAUUGUAUAUUCGCACACAUGAUGAAGAGCAUCAAACCUUGAGGAGUCACCUGGACUUCACACUCUUUUCAUUUCAUAUGUCGGCACAUAGCUUGAAUCUAGAAUUAGAUUUCAUAUGUAGGCACAUAGCGUGAAUCUAGAAUUAAAUUUCAUAUGUAGGCACA